UUCCACAGCCUGGAUAACGGCGGCGACAUCGAAUCCGGAAAUUUAUGUGGUUUAGUAUUCCAAUUUGAAUAUCACCCACAUCAGUGAAUGAGUGAAUGGGUAAAUAAAACCGAAACCUGAAACAAAGUGAAGUAACAAAAUUCUAGUUCUACUGGAGAUCACGUUGAUUAAUCCGAGUAAGCACGCGUCGGCGUCCUUAGUCGGCUUUCAAGCCGCAGUUGAACUGAAAGUGAAACGUUGAAACGCACCCGCUACCGCCUAGGCUUUUUAAGUUGUGCAUAGUUGAGUGCGAGAAGUGGUGUGAGUGAACUGAACCACAGAAACGCCGCCACCGCUCUACCAGGUGGAGAUUUUGUUCUAAGUGGUAGGCCGAUUCGUGUCUGGGCGAGGCUUUCGGUCAGCUUUGGACGUUUUGGAGUGCUGGAACACUCAGUGUAUGCGCAUUGUUCGCGAUCUUGUUGUGUCCGGAAAACAGUUUACCAUUCGGGCCGCCCUAUCUUGGCUAUAAACGGUCGGCCAGCUGCUCAGAGGAGAAAGAGGUGAAAUACAUUUGCGCCCAAGAUUACGUCUUCCGCUCGAAUGUAUUCCUUACCACAUCAACCCUUGUGAAUUGGAUUAAUUGUCAAGAUUCAAAGUGUUGGUCACCGAGUAGUGCUUAGCGAUCGAGAUGGACGAGACUACGUCGUCCAGUAAUGACCACUCGGCCAUGGGGGAUGGUUACGCAUUCAAAAAUGAGAUAUCGCUUUCAAUUGGUGAAGACGAUCACAACUCGGGCACAAAUAGCACAGCGAUCCCAACGCCUUCGCCGCGACACGUAGAAGUGCCAGUAUCCACAGACGAUAACGAAUAUACUGCGCUGAAAAAUAGCCACCCGAACGGUAACGGAAUGGCGGGACUAGAUAAUCCGGCAUUCGAACCGGAAAAAGAGAAACGACCACUAAGUUCCUUCGGGCACUCGGGGGAAAAGUCAUUAGGAGCUACCUCAAUGAACGGGAAAGCCAACGGAGAGAAGCCCGUAGCGGAAGCAGUCAACUUGGAGCUGCUGAACAUGUCGAAGCCUGCGAACGGACACCAGAACGGGUCAAAUGCCCUUCCAGUAAAAAAAGACACUGAAGUGGACAUCGGGGAUCCGUACGAUGAGUAUUUUGUACCGGUGAACGAACACCGAAAGUUUAUGAGCGUCUCGUUCCAAAAACCUCGUCGGCACGCGUACAACCAUCAAGACCGGGGUGUAGACUACACCGGUCACUCCGUCAAUGAACCGGUGCAAGGAACUGUGGAUUAUAAACAGUGGACCAAGAUUACGAGAGGCGAAAAGCUAUAUGUGACCAAGGACAAACGUGACAAGAAAAAGAAAAAUUGGCUCUGCUGGGUGCUGGGUCUGGCCGUCCUGCUGGCGGUGAUCAUCGUUGCCAUCCUGGCCGGAUCGGGCAAAAUUUUCAACGAGGACCCCACUCCGGUAGAAUCGCGACAUUUUGCCAAAGAUAAUCAGAUUGCAACAGCUGGAGUCUUUGGUUCGGGAUCACCAGACAACUCGGUUACGCGACCGCAGAACAAAACAAUCGCUACGGAGUAUCCUUCAACGAUGUCCCCUCCUGGAUCUACGGUGCCACCGAUUCCACCAACCACCGAUGAGAACAUUGUGUACGUACCGAACACCUUGGAAGGACAGAUUACGCUAACGAACCUAGAAUUUCUGGACGACUAUCGCGAUCCGAAUAGCUCAGCAUAUAAGGUGCUGGCAGCUGAGUUGGAAGAGGAAAUUCGGGACAGCUUGGACGCUCCCGGAUCACUCGACCAAAUCUUCGUUAAGAUCAUGAGUUUGAAACCUGGAUCCGUAGUAGUUGAUUACCGUGUAAGCUGGACCGAAACCAAUUCACUGAACGUCGACAGUAUGAAGGAACGGUUGACCAAUUAUUUGGACGACAACCAUAAUUAUUUGGCUACUUAUAUUGUACCAGCUAACACAAUUCGCGUAGCUAGGCUUCCUGAUCUUUGCUACACUGGUCCAGCCGAGAUGGGAUGUGAACAUGCCUGUGAGUUCAAUGCCCGAGUUGGUGAUUUCGUUUGUGUUUGCCCUGCUGGAAUGUUGUUAAACAAUGAUGACGGAAAAUCAUGUUAUCAUCCGGUUCCUGCACCACAACCUGAGCCAACAGCUGAGUCGAAGCCGACUAGUGGAUUGAAUCCAGAUAGUGAGCCAGAAUCUGCUAGUGAACCUGAACCCGCUGGUGAGCCAUCUAGCUCUCCUGAACCUGUUAGUGAACCUGAACCUGCCAGUGAGCCAUCCAGCUCACCUGAACCUGCUAGUGAGCCAUCCAGCUCACCUGAACCUGCUAGUGAGCCAUCCAGCUCACCUGAACCUGCUAGUGAGCCAUCCAGCUCACCUGAACCUGCUAGUGAGCCAUCCAGCUCACCUGAACCUGCUAGUGAACCUGAACCUACAAGUUCCGCUGAACCAGAACCAUCCAGUGAGCCAGAACCAGCAAGUGAACCAGAACCAGCGGGUGAACCCGAACCAACUAGUAAACCUGAGCCUGCCAGCGAACCAGAACCUGCUAGUGAACCUGAGCCUUCCAGUGAACCUGAAGCUAUUACUGAAUCUUUGAGCUCAUAUAAACAUAAUCCUUCUAGCGAAGCAUCUUACAUUAAGGAAUCUUCCACCGCGUCUGCUCCAUCUGGAAAAUUAAUCCAAGACCCUACUCCUUCAAGUGAACCUGAACCUACUAGUGAACCAGAGACUGCUAGUGAACCAGAACCAACAAGUGAACCCGAACCGGUAAGUGAGCCAGAACCAACCAGCAAAUCAGAUUCGUCCACAACAGAACAAACCAAAUCGUCUUCACAUUACUCGAGUGAACUCCAAUUCGCACACUUACUGACAUCCACUUCAGAACCCGAGCCAAAGAGCGAACCAGAGCCUACAAGUGAACCAGAACCAAGCAGUGAACCAGAACCAAAAAGUGAGCCUGAACCAAGCAGUGAACCAGAACCAAGCAGUGAACCAGAGCCAAGCAGUGAACCCGAGCAGACAAGCAGAUCCAACCCAAAGAAUGAAGUCGAACAGAUAAAAGCCACUACCCUGAACCCGGCUAGUACUGCUGAACCCUCCGCGGAACCUGAACCAUCUGGCGAUGACGUAUACCACUCUUUUACUGAAUCGAGCCUAGGCAAGUUGCAAUCCACCACGCAACUCGUCCACCAUUCAACCGAAGAGCACACCAUGCCAGAUUUCAUGAUUGUUGAUCAGGAUGCAACCAGACAUUCGACCAGCACCGAAACCAUUUCUUCAACUUCGCCGCACUCGACAGCAGCAGAAACUCCGGCUCCUGUAACGGAAACUAUCGAGGAUGACGUUCCGCAGCCCACUGUGGGUAGUUAUUUGAUCACUUCCAAAACCACCCCCACCACUGAACCGAUGAACGUAUUCGAUGCCCGAUCACUGGAACAUAACGCAUCGACCACUGCCGCCGAAAAUACCGUCUACGCAACGUCUAGCCCCAUCUCCCUCGAACACUGGAGAUCAUCCACUAGCUUUUCGACAUCAACGGAAGCGCUGCCACAACCAAAGGAGCACGAUGAAGAUAUGUCACCCUUCUUACCCAACAUUGAAACGUCCAGCGCCAAGGCUCGAGGAACUUAUGCCGUAACAGAAACUGUUUUGGAAACGGAAACAACUCCGUCUCUGCUCACUCACGCAGAUCAGUCCCCAUUCUUACCAUUCGACCAAAAUACGAACUUGGUAAAGAUCCUCCACGAGGGAUUGGAUCGUCAAGUUGAUGGUGAUGAAAGCGAUUCGCAGCAGCAAUAUUUAGAAGUAUUGCCAUUAUCUAAGGAAAAUGACCGCAAUGACUAUAAAAAGCAACUGGAUACUGUCACCAAGACUGUUUUCGUAGCAACAACUAUACGCACAUAUAUACCAACAACCGAUUCGCUAGAAGAUCUCAUUACGGCCGCCAGUUCGAGAAACAUUGUGGAACAAACUACAACCGUAGGCGAUGACAAAGAAGAGAUUACUACAGAUUCCCUAAAAGACGUGGAGGAAACAACACUUGGAAAACUGAGAACCCUUGUGGCUACAACUGAAAAGGCGAGUGCACACCUUGAGCAAUCUAAGGAACAUGUUGAAGAGAAAUCGUCUACUGACGCGGUGCUACUGCACGAACUAGUGGAUGCGACACCGAAAGGGGAAGUUGACGAAAUCACCACAACUGAAAGUGAUUUGGAAGAGGUGACGACUGUAAAGAUGCAAAAGAUCAAAGAAGAUUCUCCCAAAGGGGAUGUUGAAUAUGUGGCGACAAAUGAUACAGCGGAAAAAUUAACAGCAACGGAAGCAGAAGAACGAACAACCGAGAGGAAUCUUGUGGAAACUACUAUGGCCAACGCAAAGCUGGAAUUGGAAGAAGAACGCGUAACUGCAUCCAAUGACGCACUCGAAGAAGUGACCGACGCAGUACGGGAAGAUACAACCGAGAAGCAAGCAAGGGUACUUGCUGAAUCCACAACCAAGAAAGACAUCGAGGAAACUACUAUCCACGCUAGUACGAAUACUUCGACCACAUCUACGGAAACAACCGCGAAUGCAAAGCUAGUGGAACAGUCCACCGUUGAAACGAGAGAACCACCAACAACCAGCCGCUCAACGACGACAACAUCUGUUGCUGCGAAUGAGCCAACGACGUCAAACGCUGCCACCACUACCACCGUCGCAACCUCCAGCGUAGAAGCGGUCACCAAAUCAACACUUCGACCGACAACUGACACAACCAAAGUAGACUUCUUGGAGAAAACUCUGCAGGACUUGGACCAAGAUAAUGACAUUUCAGAAAACGACCUGAAAGUUCUUCCAUUGGACCGAAAGCCGGACAAGUUGGAGGAAUCGCCGCCACCACCAGACCCGUCAGCAAGCGCUCCGAAAACAACCGUUGACCAGGAGUCCAACUUCGAAACGACUACCGGUCAUUUUUUAGGAGAAACGACGUUUCAUUCGAUUAGAUCAGAGCGAUUGAAUGAAACGUCGUUAAUUAUGUCCAGAUUUUCUGAUGAAGACGACUUGAGCGAGUUGGUGGCUAGUGCCGGUGGAAUGUUUACGAAGUGUGCAGUAGGGCAAUUUGAGUGCGUGAAUGGAACAUCGAUCAAGGACGGUAGCUCGUGCAUUCAGAAAUCGGAACGGUGCGAUUCUGUGUCCCACUGUUCGGACAAUUCCGAUGAGCAAGAUUGCGAACGUUUGGGCUGUCCUGGACAUUUCCAAUGUAAGGACGGUUUUUGUCUAGCGAGGCAGCAUGUUUGUGAUGGAAUCGCACAUUGCAAUGACGGAAGCGAUGAGACUGAGUGCGAGCAGUGGCAAUGCAAUUUCGAUGAGAUAUCAUGUGACCCGGACGGUCGGAAGGGGCCUUGCUUACCAGCUCAGUGGAAAUGCGACGGCUUGGAACAAUGCGCCAGUGGGUCCGAUGAGAGUAACUGUCCGGAUACGUGUACAAACGAUGAGUACUUCUGCGUAGGUCAGCGUAAAUGUAUUCCCGAAGCUUGGCGAUGUGACGGUAAAUCGGAUUGUACAAAUGAUGAAGACGAGCGGCUGUGCGACUGCCCGAUGGACAAUUUCCGGUGCAAUACGGGUGGAUGCGUUUCAAACGCUUAUGUAUGUGACGGCCAACCACAGUGUCCAGAUCUGUCAGAUGAGUGGGGUUGUUUUAAACUUGAAAAGGGUGAGCUGAAGGUUCGCAUGGGAUCGGAGAAACUGAAUCCAGUUUGUGCAGAUAAUUGGACUGAGGAGGUAUCGGAUUCCGUUUGUGCCGAAUUGGGCUAUUCAAAGGCUAAGUCAUUUUCGAUCUCAAACGAAACGGAUGGCGAUGCGUUCUAUCUAUUCACGGGCUCGAAUAGUACUAAUCUGCUCAGCAUGUUGUCAUUAAACAACAGUUGCUCCACAGGUUUGGUGAGCAUCGAUUGUGAAUUGUAUCGUUGUGGUAGCGACAGUAUUACGCCAAUAUCGGAACAACGGAUCGACGGUGGACUUCAAACGGAUUCAAAUCAACUUCCUAGUCUAGCCUUAGCCUACAGCAAUAAGGCAGCCAUUAAAUGUACUGCUAACAUAUUGUCUCCACGAUGGGCGCUUGCCAGUUAUUCUUGUAUGAUGGGCAAAACCGAAUUCAUCGAUAACCGAAACAUUGCUGAAACAAAUUGGAUGUUGUUUGCUGGAACUACCCAGUUCAAUUACACCAAGAUCAACGGAAAUAGUCAUAACAGCUCGUUUCAAAUAGCUGAAAUUCAGAGAAUUGUUCCCUAUCCUCAGGCGAAAUACAAACAGUUCCUCUAUUCUGGGGAUGUCGUACUACUGCGGUUGGCACAGCCCCUGCAGUUUAACGAACGGGUAGGCAGUGCCUGCCUGGCGGAUGAUGUCAAAAUCGAAGAGGAUCAAUUGUGUCUGACGGCCGGGUGGGGUGCGGAUCCUUCGGCUAUGACCAACACCGAGCAGUACCUCAAAUAUCUACCAGUGCCAACCAUACCGGCUGCAAAGUGCAACUCUAGCGUGCACUACAACGGCUCCCUUACGGACGACGCCAUCUGUGCGGGCUACCUCAGCAGUGGCAAAGCGACUUGCUAUAACGAUGAAGGGGCUCCACUGAUGUGCCACGCCGAAACAACCGGUCAAUGGCUGCUGAAGGGCGUUCUCAGUUACCAUGGUAAUUGUGGUAAGCGGCCACAUCCAGCCAUCUACAACUCGGUCACCUCAGGCAUCUCGAGCUGGAUUCGCAAUACAGUGGGCAAUGAUCUGAUGUUCAUGAGCAGCAGUCGUGGUAGCGGUAGUCAACGCAACGGUACUGAGCCAAGCAGCACGCAGCCAACUACUCGGUAGGCGUUCCGAGUUUGACGGUUUUACCUGGCUGCGGGCAUGCUUGUUUAAAUGUAAAUACUACGUGUAAUAUAUGCGGAACUGGACUUGAAUGAUAGAUUAUGAGAAGAAAUCGUCGCCGAGUGGGGAUGAGUUUUGAAAAAAUGUAUUUAUAGAUAGAUUGUAGUAGGUGUUUAGAAAUCAGAGAGACAGAAAUAAUUCUGUUGUCUCUUCUCUGUUUUCGAUUCAUAAAAGAAUGUCAAAUGGAGAAAAACCUAGUCACAAAAGCCGAUUGUUUUGUGCCAAUACCUUAAUGUGAAAAUGAAUAAUAUUUGCUUUUCAUGUAAUGAAAACCGCAAUCGGAGCUAACACAAGCCCCAUAAUAAUCAUACAUUUUCCCUUUAUAAAUUAUAAGUUUGAAUCGAUGACUGUUUCAUUUUUUAUCGUUACCAAGCUGUUUAGUGGAAAAUCCAAACAAAUCAUAGAGCACCCUUUCGGAUUUUUUUGUUUGAUUUUUAAAUGUUUUUAUAUGUGUGUGUAUGUAUAUAAACCAUAUGGUAAAAUGAUAAAUACUUAAAUUGCUAAUAGAAUAUAAUUUGCAAUUGAUGUGAAGAAUAAUCAAAACCGAUGUAAUUAGUAUUUUUAGAAUAAACAAGUGUAGAUCUUUUGAAAUUACAAUUUUCAAACAUAGAAAGGCAGAAACAUUUUCAAAUUAAAUAGGUCAUUCAAUUGAGAUGCAUAUUGAAUGGACCAUUUCAAUGAAAAAUGUGUCACACCAUUAAUUAGCACCCGGUAAUAUCCUUCUUUCAAUAAGUGUAUUGUGUUGUGUUUUUCCUCUUCAUUUCAACAAUACUCAAUUAGGGAAGAUGGGACCGAACGAAAGUCGAUUUGUCAUGGUAACAUGAGAGCAGUGAUAGAAGAUCAAUAAAAGUCGACAAAUCGAUAUAUUUUUACCCUA